AUGGACUUUGAGGAUGAUAUUUAUUCUUCAUACUUUAUGAACAAGGAGAAUAGUGGUGGUAUGGGAUCUCCUAGUGGUAUUGAUUUCCAAAAUUGUAGGACAUUUGUGGGUUUUUUGAAGCUUUUUUACAAUGCAACGAAAAAGUUUUCUGGUUCUUUGUAUGUUACUGCAAACACCUUUUUUGAGGAGGUGUUUGUCAUUCAAGAAAAUAUUUCCCAUUUAGGUAAAUCUCAAAACCACCUCUUGAAAAACAUGGCAACUAAAAUGGAAUCUAAGUUUGACAAGUAUUGGGGGAAAGGGGACAAAAUGAAUCAUCUCUUGUAUGUGGCUGUGGUUCUUGAUCUAAGAAAGAAGUUGAGGUUUUUGAAGUUUUGCUUUUCUGAAAUUUAUGGGAAUGAAGUGGCUGAUGUGAUGGUUGAAUUGGUGAGGGGUUCCUUGGUCAAGUUGUAUGAUUAUUACUCUUGUGUUGAUUCACCAAAUGUACAAGUACCAAGUGGGAGUGAGAGGACACACAUAGAAGGUGAGUCAAUUGGUUGUAGCGAUCCAAAUGCGAUGGUUAAUUCUAGGUUUGACCGUUUCUUGGAGGUUGAGCAGUCCAUAGGGUGUAGCGAUAAGAUUGACAAAUAUUUGGCUAAAAAUUGUGAAUGUAGAAGGGGGGAUGUGAAAUUUGAGAUAUUGGGGUGGUGGAAGGCCAAUUCAAAUAGGUAUCAAGUGCUGUCCAAAUUGGCUAGGGAUGUGCUGGCUGUACCUGUUUCUACUAUUGCUUCUGAGUCAGCAUUUAGUACCGGAGGAAGCAUACUUGAUCCAUUUCGGAGUUCAUUUUCUCCACUCGUGGUUUAA